AUGGGAGCCACCCUCAGCAUCUUCGUAGCCAUUCUUCUUCUUUCCGUCGCCAAUAGAGGCUGCGGAGCGCCACGCGGUGUACCAGACAUCACCUUGGAUCAGGCGAGGACCGGCAGUGUCGUCGAGGGGAAGCCGGAGUACGAGGUGACAGUAAGCAACAAUUGUGAGUGUGCUCAGUCUAUGGUGUUCGUGCAGUGCCAUGGCCUCAGCAGUGUCGAGCCGGUGGAUCCUCGGGCCAUCAAACCGGUGGAUGGUGAGCGUUGUAUUGUCCGAGGGCCAGCCAAUCCCCAGUUCAAGUAUGCAUGGAUGACACCCCAGGACUUCCCUGUGGUUAGCUCUCAGGUUCUCUGCUAA